UCAGCUGUCUUUUUGUGGUGUCGUGGUGGAAAACAAAACAUAACCUAAAAGGUGUCCAAGAAUUCUGAAUCUGAACUGAUCUGAUUAUGAUUUUGUUGUUUCCGUUUUUCCUUCCUUGUUUGUUUAAUAUUAUAGUAACAGGUACCGCUGAUCAAAAACUCAAACAUAACCAUACUUCCUUUCUUAAUGUGAUCCAUCUGCUAUUGACGAGUGUUUUAAAUGAACAAUCACCGAAUCUGAUUGCAUACCAAUGAGAUCAUCUGUGAGUGUCAUUUUGUCAAGUCCGACUCCAGAUCCGAACAUGUCGCAUCCAGACUAUGAGCAGACACCUCACGAUCAUGCAGCCAUUCUUGUCCUUGUCAAACACAUUGGAGAGGAAUUGACAGCAAAGUGUUUCAAUAAAAUUUAUGAACGCAUCUGCCGAUUGAACCAUAUCAAAGUGGUUGACAGCAAUGGAACUCAGAGACCAGUGUGGGCAAAGUAUACGAAAGAUUAUCUGGUCGGAAACAACGACUGGGGUGACUUUCAAACGCAUCGUUGUCUUCUGGGGCUGAUAUCUGUUGGCAAAUGCAAAAACCAGGUGGAACUGAACGAGCUGUGCCGUUUGCACGAGACGCUGAAGGUGAAGUACUCGACAACUCUGUACAACUCACGCUGCAUCAUCCUCGGAGUGGGCGGAGAGGGGGAAGAGAUGCCCACCCCUGCCAACUUCAAGAGCCUGGCUCUGUUCUAUGGAUCGGACGGUGAUUUGGGCGCGCAGUUUGAAGCGCAACUGACUGAGUUCCUCAGCUCACUGUUCUGGGUGCUCGAGUCCAAGAGGCAUAAACGGUGUCGGGAGAAGAUAGAAAGAGUGUCAUUGUUGUUGGCCCCAUUUGAGAAGCGGGACUUUGUUGGCCUGGACAUGGAGUCCCGCAGCAACAAGAAGCGGUGCGUGGGCCGCAUGACCAAGCACCUGGGGGACCUCUGCCUGCAGGCCGGUCUGCCCGCCGAGGCGCUCGGCUACUACCACACGGCUGCCGAGAGUCUGCGUGCCAUCAACGACUGGCUCUGGAUAGGAGGUGCUUCAGAAGGUCUAUGCGCUGCAUCAGCCAUCCUAUUGUACCCGAAUAUGUGCAGAAAUUACCCAGUGCAUCGCAACUCGUCUCUUCCCGAAGGAUCUCAAACAAAUCCAAGGUCCAGCAUAUCGGAUCCAUUAGAGGUUAGUCUUCCAGCUCCUGAAGUUCUUCAUAAACCGGAUAAAAUUCUAUCUCCGGAUGACAUCCUGAAGAGUUACAGGGAAGCCAUCAUACAUUAUAGUAAGUACCAGAAUGCUGGAGUGAUUGAAACCGAGGCGUGUUACAAGGCCGCUCGCAUAGCAAUCGAGCAAAACUCAAUAGUUCAGGCCGCUUCGUUUCUGCAGAAUGUUGUUUUCAUAAAUCUCACUUUGAGUGAGGAAGAGAAGAUCCAACGCCUCAUGAGUUUGUCAGAAUUAUAUACAAGGAUUGGGUUCCAUCGUAAGGCUUCGUUCUACCGCAGAUUGGCGGCGACCCGAUAUGUCUCAGCAAGAAAUCCUGAAACCAAUUGGGAACAGUGUUACAAUUUGAUGCUACAAGCUCUUCCCGGGUAUAAGUUGACAUUGGACCCCGCCGAUUACCCUCCAGGGCGUCUGGUCGGCUGGCCGGGCUUGCAGAAGCUGGUGUUGCAAGACCUCGUGAUAGCUGCCAAGCGAGUGGGCCACUCAGCUGUGGCCACUCGUCACAUGACCUUCCUGCUGCAGGUGAUGUGGAAUCAGCUGACAGCUGCCGAACGCCACGACAACGCCCUCCAAUUGCAGAUCCUGUCCUCUCAAUGCGAGGGAGCUCCCGUGCCUCUAGUACUAGACUCGGGCCUAGUCAUACCUCCGGCCAACCUCAUCAACAUCCCUCAGACCGAGUCAUUCACCAUCCAGAACCUCAAACCGCAUCUGCGACCCUGCAAACUCAUGAAGACCAAGGAGGAUUUCGGGCCCUUCCUGUUCACACCGUUCAACUUCGGGUCCCUGGAACGAAAGACUAAACUACCCAACAAGCUGGACUACCUGUGGGUGGCCGAAGAGAUGGGAGAGGUCACCCUACAACUCACCAACCCGCUCUCGUUGGAGCUGGAGGUCUCCAACAUGCGUCUCCUCACCAGCGGCGUAGUGUUCGAGAGUCUGCCCCUCACCCUCAGCCUGCCCCCGGAGGCCGUCAACUACUCGGUCACCCUGAUGGGCUCCCCGAAGGAAGUCGGCGAACUGGAGAUCACCGGCUAUUCAACGCACACGCUCGGUGUGAAGAGCAACUGUCGCCUCAAGCAUAUUCCGAAAAUCUCGCAGCCCACCUACACCAUCGAGGUGAUUCCUGCGUUGCCCGUUCUGAAUGUGUCCGUGCAGACUAGAGCCAAGCAACUCGAUCCCGACUCACCGCAGAAGACUGGAGCGUCAGACUGGAGCGGCACGGCGCCGAGCUCUAUGAAGCAGGACAGUAGUGUGUGCCUGUACGCGGGGGAGAGCAUGGAGUGUGUGGUGGUUUUGAAGAACGAGAGCGAUCGAGCCGUGCAGUGGCUGGACAUGUCGAUAGAGACAGUGUUGGAUCCCAGUGUCCAGCGGCAGACAAUCUGGUGGGACGAGGACUGUGCCCUCAAUCAGCUGCCGUUGGAAGCCGGCGGCACAAUCCAAGUGCCCCUGCACCUCUAUGGACACACCAAUUUCCUCGGCGUUCCGCCUCCGUCUGCUUUUGUACCAGAUUCGGGAAGUAUGAAAAGCAGCAUGUUCUCUGGGCCAAGCUCGUUCUUAUCGACGGCUUCAAGUGCUCGCCCCGGCGCCACACCGGUUUCCGCAUCGUCAGCGUCUUUCAGAUCUGGUCCAAGUAGCCUCAACUCAUUCAGCUCACAAUUCAACAAGAUGUCAGCAGAAAAUGCUCCAAAGACAGUGGUUGACUGUCAGCUGAAAGUGCGCUACUCCGGUGACCCAGGGCUGACCAGUGGCUAUUGUCGAGUCAGUUCGGCCAAUCUCCACAUCGAUAUCAUUCCAUCAAUUAUUGUCACCAAUUGGGACGUCCUGCCGGCUGAAACAAGCGACCAGUUCUACUUAGUUUUGGACAUAAUCAACAUGACCAAUCAGGAGCUCGAUCUCAACUACACUGAUGCGAAGAGUAUUCUGAUUGAAGAGAACGAAUCCUGCCGAGUGCCAAUCCCGGUUGAAAGAUGUCCUCUCUCCAAAAUUGGAAAGCUAUUGGAGUCGGCCGACUCGAUGAAGGACCUCGUGGAGCUGAGCGCGGCCUGCUCGGAGCACAUCUGGUCGCUGGUGAAGCUGAAGUGGGCGUUGGCCACCGGUGAAUGCCCUCGGCGCAGUGGGGAGGCCUCCCUGCAUGGCAUCACCCUUUCCUCCGACAUGCUCGACGUGGUCCGCAUGUCGCCCGUCAAUUGGGAGGUGCUUCUGAAUUCCAAGUCGAUCAGAUCCUCUCAAGGCGAGUCUGAGCUGACAAGCAAAAUUGGGCAGUGCCUGAAUGUGGGCGUGUGGGUGCACAACUCCCUGUCAUGGCCGCUAGUCAACUUGGAACUGUCGCUGCAGUUCUUCCAGGACCACCAGAACGGGGUCACCAAUUACCAGCUGGACACCAGGCUGGCCACUGCUGGUGUCACUCAAGUUCAGCUGCCUGAGGUACAGGAGCACGGCAAGGUGUACCACGAGUGCAACGUGGUCUUCUUCACACCAGGCCAAUACAAGGUCAACAUACAAUGCACGUCGUCCGAAAAGCAUGUCUGGAAAUUGAUCCCUCCACUCGAAAUAGAAGUUUCUAAAUAACAUUAAAAAUUUACAUGAAUUUUGUAUCAAUCAAACUUUAUCUCUAUCUCAAUUAAUUAUUUAUAGCAUAAUAAUAAUUGUUUAUAUUCAACAAAAUAAUCAAGUUAUGCAGAUAAGUCCAACGUUGGUAUGUCAAGUUACGUUAAAAUAACAAAUUAUUCAAAAGCUUCUCAUUAUUGAUAACAUUAAUGCAGGGAGUUUCAAAAGUUACUUUAAACAUUGAGAAUUCAUGAAACAAGGUACAGAGUUGUUUUGAAGGAACACUUCAAGUUUUAAUUAAAAUAAUUUUACAAUGCAAAAUUGCGAGUUCUAGAGGAACUUUUGAAACAUUUUAUAUUAAUAAAAUUGAAAAGUGUAUACAAAUUAUUUGAUUAGAUUUCCAUCUGGUGCAGGUUUAAUAUAAUUCAACAUAUCCAAACUUAGUAGAUUUUAAUUAAACAUAAACGUUUCAACAAACAUCACUGGGUACUGCUGUCAUGCUAGGGCAGCCAUUCAGGCAGCCACAUUCUGGCUGCCGAAUCCGGUGACGGAGUGAGCAACCGCCUUCCUGGCCGACUGAGUAACAUGGUUGCUUCGCGUCCUGGCUGCCUAGCCCAAUGUAUUUAUUUUAAAAGCAACUUUCAAUUUUCUCCUUCCAUUGGCACGAAUACUGUUUACUUCAGAUGAACACAAACCUCCCAAAAUGGAUCCAUCAUUUGCAACAACUUUACUUCAAGUGAGCAGUAUCAAGAAGCUUAGAAUAGUAGUAAGAGAAGGAGCAAGUACGAAAUAAAUGUUUGAGGCAUCAUAAGUUCUGAACUACCGAGCGGCUCAACUUGAAAUUUUGCAUAAAGAUUCUGAAUUUACUGAGGAUGUUUAUAGGCACAUUUUGACAGUUUAAUAAAUAAUUAAUCUAUUUUUUCAAUUAAUGUUUCUAUUGUUUUUAACUAUUUGUGUUUUCACAGACCCUUGUGGAGCGUGGGUUAUACUUACUUAGUCAAUCCUCUUUUACCGUUAGGUGUUGAGGUUUACGAGAGCCCUCCAUCUUUCUCUUUCCUGUGCCCUCCUUCUCACUUCUCUCCACUCCACGACUCUCUCUUCCGCCAUCUUUCGAACACCAUCCUCCCAUCUCUUCCUCGGUCUUCCUCUCCCCCUAGCACCCACAACUUUGCACACCCAGACCCUCCUUGGCAGUCUGUCAGUCGGCAUCCUCAUCACAUGUCCCAGUCACCUCAACUGUGCGGCUUCAAUCGUUUGCUUCAGAGGUUUGGAAUUCAGGCUGUCUCUGAUGUUUUGGUUCCUUAUCCUAUCCCUUCUUGUUUUCCCCGCUACCCUCCUCAAGUACCUCAUCUCUUGGGCCUGCAGCUGACUCUACCGUUUUAAUACCAGUACACAAUUUAUCACAAGAUGACGUGUUUAUUAUACAGCUGGUAACUUUAGGCUAAAUCAUAGGUAGCCGCUCGGCCGAAAAUUUCGUAAACAUUGGUCUGUGAAAUGGAUUAAUAUAUAAUUAUUAUUAGCCCCCCUAUUAAAAUUUCUGGUCAGAAACCAUCCCCAAUAUUCACACAACAUAUUCCCAAAGUUUUCAUGCUGUUCUGUCUAGUAGUUGUCAAGUCUAUAGGGAACAAACAAACAAACAUUCAUUUUUAUAUAAAAUGUAGAUAUUGAGACAUUCCUUCAAUGUACUGUUUACCAUCUUGUGCAGCAAAUAAGUCAAGAUGAAUUCCACUACUCCUGUGUCGGCAUACCAUGCACAUCUUUGCACUAUUCAUUGUCAUUCAAAAGCGAAUAUUAUUGGUGUCAAUGUUGGUUUAUUUUACAACAUAACCUGAAAUCUGCAAUUGUAAAUAGUAUGCUAAAAUUCUUCUAAAUGGUUAUUCUGCAAUGUAUAUCACACUGUACUCAUAAUAGUAGUCUAUAGAAACAUAAAAUUGUUGUUUUUUCAGUUUAUUAGAAGUUUAUGAAUAACUUACAAAAAUCACAUGAUUUUUUUAUCAAUCAAAGUUUAUCUAUGCUUCGAUUUAUUUAUUAUUUAUAGUGUAAUAAUCUUGUAAAUAGUAUGUAAAAUUUCUUCUAAAUGGUUAUAUUGUAAUUAUUUAUAUCUCACUGUAUUCAUAAUGAUAAUCUAUAGAAACAUUAUAAAAUUGUUAUUUUUUCAGUUUUAUUUAUUGUUAGUUGAAUAUAGCCUAUAUUGUUCAUGUCAAAAUUGUAAAGACACUCUUAAUAAACGUACGUUUAUAUAAAUGUAAGACGAGACCUUCUUUAUAAAUAUUCUACUUCAAUCUUGUAGUGAGUUCCACGUUAUAAUAAGAGUGGAGAAUAUAAAAUAAUGUU